AUGCCGCCGCAAUAUGGCAUUCCGAAUGCAUUUGGGAUGCCUUAUCAACAAGGAAAUUUUAUGCCAACUGGAUUCUCUAGUAGCCCCAUUGAAGUCCCAAGACCUUCCAUGAUCCCGGAGGUUGAAGGACUCGACAACAUUUGCCUCGAUACGGAUUCAAAAAAAUCCAAAGAAGUUGAGCCUAAAGGACGGGGUAAAACGACAGCAAUACCGUGGACAGAUGAUGAGGAUGUUUUACUAUGUCGAGCUUUCUGUACCAUCUCAAGUGAUCCGGUCAUUGGAGCUCAACAAACGUCCGAAGGUUUUUGGAGGCGAAUUAUACAGUACUAUAAUGAAGCUGGUGAAGCACGAAACCUUAUUCAGAGAACUAUGGAUUGGCAGCAGGGCACAUCCCACGAUUUUACUCCUGAAGUAGCCGAGGGGCCAACUUUAAGGGUCCAUGACUGA